CGUCCCCUCCCCGCCCCGCGCUCGGGUGGCGCCGGCCUCGGUGUCAAUGGGAGCGCGGGGCUGGGCCGCCUCCGCGGCCGGCAGGUGGGCCUCCCGGCCCGCGCCCCGCGCCGCCCUCUCCCUCUCCGGCUUCCUCUCCAUCUUGGCUCCGGCGGCUCGCCUUCGCGGUUGCUCCCCGGCCGCCGAGGCCCGGUGACCUCAGCCAACUUUCCUAGGAUGGUUAUGCAGAUCUAUCAGAUAACAGGGAAAAAAUUCAGCAACCUCACCAAGACUCUUCUAUCCCUACAAGACUACAUUUGAAAGCCUGAAAAGAAGCCCAGGUGCUGGUGUGGAUGAGGAAAUCGGUGCCCAGAGAUGCUGAGUCACCUGCCUAAGGCCCCAGAGCUCAGGGUGGUGGAAGGAGGAUUCCUGACUCCAAAGCUCUCAACCGCACCAGCUGGAGAUGGACCCACCAGGAGCACCAGGCUGGGCUGGGUCCGGGGGAAGCAAGCCACUGUGCUGGGAAGCACCAUGCCUGUGAAUGUGUUCCUCGGGGUCCCCUACGCUGCACCCCCACUAGGACCCCUGCGAUUUACAAACCCGAAGCCUGCGUCGCCCUGGAAUGGCAUCCGAAAUGCCACAUCCUACCCUAAUUUGUGCUUCCAGAACUCAGAGUGGCUGUUCUCAAAUCAACACAUUCUCCGGGUGCACUACCCCGAAUUCGGAGUGUCGGAAGACUGCCUGUACCUUAACAUCUAUGCCCCAGCCCGUGCCGACACCGGCUCCAAGUUCCCGGUCAUGGUGUGGCUUCCAGGGGGUGCCUUCCAGACUGGCUCAGCCUCCAUCUUCGAUGGGUCUGCCCUCGCUGCCUACGAGGAUGUGCUGGUUGUGACUACCCAGUACCGGCUAGGAAUGUUUGGCUUCUUCAACACAGGGGACAAGCACGCGCCGGGGAACUGGGCCUUCAUGGACCAGCUGGCCGCCCUGACCUGGGUCCAGGAGAACAUCGAGUUCUUUGGUGGGGACCCACGCUCCGUGACCAUCUUCGGCGAGUCGGCGGGAGCCAUAAGUGUGUCCAGCCUUAUCCUGUCCCCGCUGGCCCAGGACUUGUUCCACAAAGCCAUCAUGGAGAGCGGGGUGGCCAUCCUCCCCUACCUGAAGGCCCCGGAGGAAAAGCGGAAUGAGGAUUUGCAGAUGAUCGCAAAUAUCUGCAGCUGCAGAGCGGACAACUCCGAGGCCCUGCUGCGGUGCCUGAGGGCAAAGUCCUCCCAGGAGCUGCUGGGCAUUGGCCAGGUCGCCAGGUCUUUCACGCGAAUGGUUGAUGGUUUUUUCUUUCCUGACGAGCCUCUAGAACUGCUGAUCAAAAAAACAUUCCGCUCCGUUCCUUCAAUCAUCGGGGUCAAUAACCACGAGUGUGGCUUCCUGCUGCCCAUGAAGGAGUUUCCUGAGAUCCUCAGAGGCUCCAACAAGUCCCUCGCCCUGCAGCUGCUGCACACAAUCCUGCACAUCCCCAGCCAGCAUUUACACUUCGUGGCGGAUGAGUAUUUCCACGGCGAGCAGUCCAUUUUUGAAAUACGAAAUAAUUUCCUGGACUUGCUUGGAGAUGUGUUCUUUGUGGUCCCUGGGCUGAUCACGGCUCGAUGUCACAGAGACGCGGGCGCACCUGUGUACUUCUACGAGUUUCAGCACCGGCCUCACUGCUUCAAGGACAGCAAGCCGGCUUUCGUCAAGGCCGACCACACAGAUGAAAUCCGCUUUGUUUUCGGAGGUGCCUUCCUGAAGGGGGAUGUCGUCAUGUUCGAAGGAGCCACUGAGGAGGAGAAGUUGCUGAGCAGGAAGAUGAUGAGAUACUGGGCCAACUUUGCUCGGACGGGGAACCCUAACGGAGCUGGCCUGCCUCGGUGGCCGGCGUACGAUCAGAAGGAGCAGUACCUACAGCUGGAUUUGAACCUGAGUGUGGGGCAGGGACUGAGAGCACAGAAGGUGGAGUUUUGGAUGGAAACCCUCCCUUUGAUCAUGGCCACUUCUGGGGGGGCCCAACUGGGUCCUCUUUGCUCCUUCAUCUUCCUUUCUCUGCUUCUGCCUUUCUUUUCCUCUUUUUCUCACGGAGGGGGUAUCUCUGUGUGAAUUUGAUUUUCCUCCUCCUGCUUCAAUGUCUCCCGCUAUCCUUGGCUUCUUUCUGUUGUUCAGCUACUUUACAGAAUCAGCUGCUUCCGCUGAUCCUUAGGGAAUUCUUUGCAACAUCAAAAAAAGUGCAAUUUGCCUUGAAGGCUACCAGAUCUCUUCAAUACAUCUGCAGGGGGGCGGCUUCUUAGUUGGCAUAAUAAUGAUCGUGUUAUGCAUAUGAAAUAAAAGCAGAAUGUAAAAUA